CGCUCGACUCGCCUGCUGCGAGCCGCACAGCUCUACAAGCACGCUAUGGAAGGCUCUGCCGCAGCCUCGACCUCGGCGGGCCCGUCUACGACUCGUCUCCCUUCAUCGGUCGUGCUCUCCCCGCAGAUCCUCAGCUCGUUCAAGCCGUCCAAGGUCUUCAAGGGCCACAACGCCAAGGACACGAGCUUCACCUCGCUCGAUUUCGACGACUCGGGCGGGUACCUCAUCACGAGCGCCGAGGACGAGAAGAUGCAGCUCUUUGACGCCCGCACUGGACACCAUGUCACGUCGAUUCCCUCGAAGAAGUACGGCGCGCAUCUCGCAAGGUUCACGCACACCAAGAGCACCAUGAUUCACGCCAGCACAAAGGAGAAUGACGACAUCCGCUACUGCAAGCUCGAGGACAAGAGCUACAUUCGUUACUUCAAGGGCCACACGAAAAGGGUCGUCUCGAUGGAGAUGUCGCCCUUGGACGACACGUUCCUGUCGGGCGCUACCGACGACACGGUCCGUAUGUGGGACCUGCGCACGGCGUCGGCGCAAGGCCUGCUCAACGUGGCCGGCCACCCGUGCGUCGCGUACGACCCGACCGGCGCCGUCUUUGCCGUCGUGCUCAACCUGCGGUCGACCGUCAUGCUGUACGACGUCAAGAACUUUGACAAGCAGCCGUUCUUCACGACGCACAUCGACGACCCGAUCCUGCGCGACCGAAGCUUCCCCGCGAGGACGCCCGUCUACACGAGCGUCCGCUUCAGCAAUGACGGCAAGUGGCUGCUCGUCGGGACGAGCGGCGACGUGCACUACGUCCUCGACUCGUUCGACGGCAACGUCAUGGCGCGACUAGAGCUUCCCGAACACUCGAUCGCGACUGGGCUCGAGCGAGCAGUGACGAAGCCGCAUGACCGCCCGAUGGAGCCCGCCGCAGGCCUUUCGUCCGAGGAGGUGUCGUGGUCGCCCGACGCGCGCUACAUCGUCGCCGGCGCCAUCGACGGCCGCAUCCACGUGUGGGACUUUGCGCCACCUCCCGCCGAGACGCCCGCCGACCGCCCGCCGCCGAGCAACAUGUGCACGCUGCACCCGGUCGCGAGCCUCGACGGCCACGCGACGGGCCCGGCGCGGUGCGUCGCGUUCAACCCCAAGUCGGCCAUGCUCGCGAGCGCGGGAAGGGAACUUGCGUUAUGGUUGCCCGACUUUAAGGAGGCGGGCUUGGUGAGGGACGAGGCGGGAGAGGCGCCGGCGCCGUAGCUCGCCGUCGCGUCGGGAGGAGCUGGAGCGCAAUGGACAGCUCUCGAAAGCUUUCCCGUC